AUGGAAGGUGAGACACCUGAAUUGCCACUUAGAAAUGACUCUGCUGCUACAGUAACGGAGGAAAUCGACUCAACCACCCUUCCUUCAACCGCAAUAAACGUUAAUAUGCAAGAAAAUGCUGAUCGAGCAUCCGGCGACAGUAAUAACAUCGAGGGCGAACAGAUGAAAGACCCUGAGUUUCGCGCAGAGAAAAGCGAACCGAGGAUUACCGAAGUUGAGCCCAGCCGUAAUGUGGAUGCUGGAGUUACGGUUGAUGACGAUGAUAAUCGCGGCAGCGCCAGAGAACCCUCCGAGCAGGACCAAAAUCAAAACAAUGAUGAAGAUGACGAUUCUAUUAUCGACAUUAUCUCUGAAAGCGAAGUUUACGAGGCUGCAAAACAGCUGUUAAACACGAAAGCGCCUCAAAUAAAGGUCUGCUACAAGGACGAGGUCUUUUUACUCCUUGGAGAGUAUGAUGGAGACAAUGCAAAAGAUGGAGACAAUCAACAAGGUUGGGACAAAAGUAGGCUUAUCUGUGAGGAUUCGGCAGAUUUACACCGUGGUUGUAAUGUCGUCUUUGGCCGGAUACGACUAUUUCUUGAAAAUUUGCGUGGCGGGUUAGAUCUCCUUUCGCGAGAACUCCUGAUGGAGUUUCCAGACCUUGAUCUAGUUAUGGAAGAGGACAACAUGUACAACAAGGACAUUACUAUGAACGAUGUGGUCUCAAUUUUUAAGAUUUUAAAGGAUAACUCGAUAAAGAAAUGCGUGCCUGACGUUCCUACCUUUUUGACUAUCGAUGUAAACACUAGACCCCGUUUCGUUUCUCGAUACAACUCAUUGGUAGAGUUGCUAAGCGGCGAUGCAACUUUCUCAAAUAUACAAGUUUUCACCAAUGAUAAAAGCCAUCCGGUAGUACUUGAUGACAACGAACAAGCCGAACUAAAAGGCACAGAAGUUAUUGUGAUGUCUUCCGAUGAAGAAAAAGAUGGAAUUGAAGAAUCGAAUGAUAAUUCUUCUGGAACUGGAGAGCCAGCGCGAUCGACAGGGCUAGCAGGGACAGCAGGGUCGGUAGAGCCAGCAGAGUCAGAAGAGCCAGCAGUGCCAGCAGUGCCAACAGGGAUCACAGAAGCAAGGGCUGUCGAAAAUUCUGAAAUGCAGUUCGAGACGGCUACAGUACCAGAGCUGUCAGAUUCGCUUAAACGAAAGAGGAAUUCCAACUCUGAGGUCAGCGACUCCUAA